UUCAAGGUCACGUCCAGCGACCCCGCUGACCUCCUGGCCACGGCCGAGGUGGCUCUACAUAGUGUCAGCCUCAGCCCGGAGUGUUUCCAUGCAGCGCUGGUACUGACAUCUUGUGGUGCCAGCGGAGCACACGGACCAACCCAGCAAGACUGUGAUCAGUCUUAUGAUCAGAAAGACCUGGUCAGUGUCUGGGAGAGUGGACAGUUUAACGGCAUCCAGUCAUGGACCGUACCUGAAACAAUGGUCUAUAGGAUACAAGCCGCCGGCGCUAAAGGAGGUCGAGGCAACAAUGAUGGCGACGUCUUCGCUGGAAGCCUGGGCUCCAGUGUCGUAGCCAAGUUUAAACUUUACAAAGGGGAGAAGCUCUAUUUUCUCAUUGGUCAGACUGGAGAAGAUUCUUGUCUG